AUGGAGAUCCACAAGCAACUGCAUGGCCAUGGAGGGAAAGAACAAGAGAAUGAGAAUAGAGAAUGUUCAGCAUAUCAGGGCAAGCAACUUUUGGAUCAGUUCGAUAGCUUAGAUAAGCAUACACAAUGGGGAAUUGACUUCUUGGAAAGAUACGCUAAGUUUGUUAAAGAGAGGAUUGAAAUUGAACAGAACUAUGCAAAACAAUUGAGAAAUCUGGUUAAGAAGUACUGUCCCAAACGCUCAUCCAAAGAUGAAGAGCCAAGGUUUACUUCUUGUAUCGCCUUUUUUAACAUCCUUAAUGAGUUAAACGACUAUGCAGGACAGCGAGAGGUAGUAGCGGAAGAAAUGGCACACAGAGUAUAUGGUGAAUUAAUGAGAUAUGCCCAUGAUUUGAAAACUGAAAGAAAAAUGCAUCUCCAAGAAGGACGAAAAGCUCAACAGUACCUUGACAUGUGUUGGAAACAGAUGGAUAAUAGUAAAAAGAAAUUUGAAAGAGAAUGUAGAGAAGCAGAGAAAGCACAGCAGAGUUAUGAAAGAUUAGAUAAUGAUACCAAUGCAACCAAGGCAGAUGUUGAAAAGGCCAAACAGCAGUUGAACCUUCGUACACAUAUGGCUGAUGAGAAUAAAAAUGAGUAUGCUGCACAGCUGCAAAAUUUUAAUGGAGAACAGCACAAACAUUUUUAUGUGGUGAUUCCUCAGAUUUACAAGCAACUACAAGAAAUGGAUGAACGAAGGACAAUUAAACUCAGUGAAUGUUACAGAGGAUUUGCAGACUCAGAACGCAAAGUUAUUCCUAUCAUCUCUAAGUGUUUGGAAGGGAUGAUUCUUGCAGCAAAAUCAGUUGAUGAAAGAAGAGAUUCUCAAAUGGUAGUAGACUCCUUUAAGUCUGGCUUUGAACCUCCAGGAGACUUCCCGUUUGAAGACUACAGCCAGCAUAUUUACAGAACCAUUUCAGAUGGUACCAUCAGUGCAUCCAAACAGGAGGGUGGCAAGAUGGAUGCCAAGUCCACAGUAGGGAAGGCCAAGGGCAAACUGUGGCUCUUUGGGAAGAAGCCAAAGGGUCCAGCACUAGAAGACUUCAGUCAUUUGCCACCAGAGCAGAGGCGUAAGAAGUUACAGCAACGCAUCGAUGAGCUUAACCGAGGGCUGCAGAAAGAGUCAGACCAAAAAGAAGCACUCAACAAAAUGAAGGAUGUGUAUGAGAAAAAUCCACAAAUGGGGGACCCGGGGAGUUUGCAGCCUAAAUUAGCAGAGACCAUGAAUAACAUUGACCGCUUACGAAUGGAAAUCCACAAGAAUGAGGCAUGGCUCUCUGAAGUUGAAGGCAAAACAGGUGGUAGAGGAGACAGAAGACAUAGUAGUGACAUAAAUCAUCUUGUGACACAGGGGAGAGAAAGUCCUGAGGGAAGUUACACCGACGAUGCAAACCAGGAAGUCCGUGGGCCACCACAACAACAUGGCCACCACAGUGAAUUUGAUGAUGAAUUUGAAGACGAUGAUCCCUUGCCUGCUAUUGGACACUGCAAAGCUAUCUACCCUUUUGAUGGGCAUAAUGAAGGUACUCUGGCAAUGAAAGAAGGUGAAGUUCUGUACAUUAUUGAGGAGGACAAAGGUGAUGGAUGGACAAGAGCCCGGAGACAGAAUGGCGAAGAAGGCUACGUUCCCACGACAUACAUAGAUGUAACUCUAGAGAAAAACAGUAAAGGUGCAGUAACUUAUAUCUAAACUAACCAGGCAUCUUUGUGCCAUGUACAACAUAAAGUGACAACACAUUCCACAGGUCAGAAAAACCAAAAAGUCAAGGGCAUCCUGAUCUAUUGUUCACUAUGUGAGCUGAGUGCAGGCCUGAUCAGAGAGAUGAGAAUAUUGCCACAAGAAACUCUCUUUGACGCCUUCCUGUUGAAGUGAUGUUGGUGUGGAAGCUUAAUUGAUGCCUUUUGCUUUCUGUCCUGCCUAAGUGUGUGUAAAGGAUGUGUGCUUUUUCUGCCUUAUAAAUAAUAGAUUGGAUUAUUAGGCAAGAAUCGUAGGUAGAAUGUCCCCUGACCCCUUCACUUGAGAAACAAUAGUGACUGUUGAAUUGAAAUAGACAAACUUGCUCUGAACUGCAGAGAGCUGAUUCCUAGGAGCACCCCAACCUAGGACCUUAAAUUUAUAGCGUCAGGUUCUAGGAAGAAAAGUAAUACUUGGAUAAUUGGGUAAAUAACAGUCAUUGUCCUUGCUAUUCUUAACUUGGUUUCCUAAAAAAAGAAAGUGAAUAUCUGGUAUAUAGUCUAUUUAAUUUGAGCUCAUCACAGCAUCACAGGAUAAAUCACCUGGUGGAGCUUGUAUGCAAAUAAAACAGCUUUGAGACCUGAAAAUAUUUUCAGGUUUACUGGUAAUUUUCAAUGAUGUACAAAGUUCAUUCCAAGUUAAUCUUAAACUUGUACUUUUCACUUGAAAAUGUCUUUUAGGAAAAUUACAUUAGUGCUUAUUUAGCAUUUGGCAGUUACUUGUAGGAGAAAUUGAACCUAAUUCAAUGAAGAUAGAGGGCAGUCUGGAAUGGAGGAAAGUGCUGGCAAUGUUUACUCUUACAGGAGAAACAAUUUUUUUUCUACUAAGAUGAAAGAAGACCUCUGUACCACCAUUGAGGGCUUCAUUUUAGUGGGAUCGUCGACUGUCAGAGUAGAUUCCAUUUUUCCAAUGUUUUGCCACAAGCAUCUGUUGGAAUCAUUGUCCAAUAAAGAUGUAGAGUGUAGUUGUUAUGUGGCCACACCCUAGUUCAUUGAGUGGGAAGUAGAGGGAGGAAGCAGUAACACUGGCCUUUGCUUAUCUUAUGUUUCAAAGUUGACUGGUGUUUUUAGUAGCUGACUAUGAAACACUUUUAGGAACAUUUGGGACGGACACUUUAAACUGAAUGCCCCUUUUGGUCUUACCAAAGGUCUUCAGUAAUUGUUUUUUUCUUUUUCCUCCUGGACUGCAGGUUCCUGAAGAGGGUUUCUGAGGAAAUGGGCAAGAUGUUGAAGGAGGUUACAUGCAGCUGCUUUUGGGGGGAGGGUAUUAGAGUUGUCAGGCUCAAAGAGAAAGUGAGAGAAGCGAGUUGCAUGACUGCAUGCAGAUUUUUUUUUACUAACUUCAUUAGCAUUUCCAUACAUUAAAAAAAAAUCAUUAUAGAACCAGUCCUUAAAUUCCUAGUUCACAGUUCACAUGGAAGAAGGGGGAAAAGCCAGCAAUGGCUGACCUCUUUUUUCACUUAUUUUGCUGAACCAAAUCAGAAAGAAUUCAGAGCUGUCUUAAACUUUGUCUUACUUUGAGCUGUCCCAAUAGGACUGUCUUCAUCCAGCUCUGUUUUAAUUGGCUUUUAGACCCGUCGUCUGUUAGAACCCUUGCCAUAUGUCAGUGUCUGCCUGCACCACCUCCGUGCUUGCUUAACAUCCUGUUGCAUGUCUAGAGUGAUCUGGGCUUAGAUUUUUCAGGCAUGUCUUUGUAAUCCCCUGUUCUUGUCAAAGCCUCUGUUUCACUUUGCAUUUGUAGUGCAAAUCACUUUGUCAAACAUCUCAGCACUAAUGUUUCCAUCUUAGUAUUUGUGUAUGCUGCUAAAACUUCCCCACUGCAAACAUUCCAGUUUUGGCAUUAUGAAGACAUAACCUGAAGUAUUUAUGAUAAGAAAAAGAAAACAUCUCUGCUCUAGCCUACAGCCCAGUUAAAGAACUCUGUGAAAUGUGACAUACCUUCAGCACCUCAGUCUGGGAAGAUUCUAGUCAGCACUGAAGUCCUGGCAUAAUAAACACAGAGGAUACGCACCACCGAAAGGACUGUUGUCAAAAGUCAGCUGCUUCCAUUCAAUGCUGCCUUAAACUUGAGUGCCUAAAUCUGUUGAUUGCCAACACUACCACUUCAGUAUCCCACAAAGGGCUUUAUGUGCCAGCUCAGUGCUCCUCCUCUAAUUCUGCGGCACCGCCGCAGCUGCGAUGUAGCCUCGGUAGGUGGCUUCUAGAGCUCUACCAUGUGCAGUGGUGCAUCUUCAAAUUUAUGCAUCAAACUAAAGACCUGUCCGAGUCCAUUUUACUUUCAUCAGUAUACUCAUGAGAAGUUGGAUGGACCUUCCCCUAUUGUCUUUUAACGGGGUGAUGACGAUCUCAUUUGAUUAUUACAAUGAUAGUCUGUUUCCAAGUGAUGCUUUUGUUUGAACCAGAUAAAAUUUAGUGAAACUUUGUAAUGAUCUAUGUGCACUUUUACUUGUAAAAUGGAAAUUUCUGUAUGUUUAUACUUGUAAAUAUAAUUGUCGUUAGUGCUCUCGUGGCUCAUGUUGUCCUGCCUCACAUUUGUGAUUCUGUUAAUGACUUGUAUCUGAACUAAUUUCUUAGUGGUCUUGUAACGUGGGUGGGUGGGGUGGGAGGGUUAUUUGUACCACUGAAGUUCCAUUAAUUUGGUUCUUUACUGUUUUGAGGGGAGAAAGAGAAUGUGAAAUGUUAAGUGUAUUAUUGGAUUUCAAGCAAUAUUUUAGAAACUGUCUGACUGCUUUAAUAAUUUUUCCCAGUGCUAUUUGAAUCAUACUACCAGUUAUACUAAAGCUGAAUGACAAUUGUGUGAACAUUAAUGCCUUCAUAAGAUCAAGUACACCACUGUUAUGCAGCUGACAUAGUGUAUCACCUUUGAGGCUAGUAAACUAUAUAGUUUUAGAUAUUAAAUCUCGUUACAGGGUUAUUUAUAGAAUGUGAUAUUAUUCUAUACUGACAGACUACAUGAAGUAGUUUUAAAAAGUAGUGCUAUUUUUGUUUCAGAAGUUAGCAAUGAGAGGGAAAUGUAAAUGGCUGUGUUUGUCUUCUAUACAAAGCCUGAAGGGCUUAUGUUUUUUUUGACUAACAAUCACAGAGGGCAAAGUUCAAAGCUUUCUUGGAAAGACUUCUUUUCAAGCUACCAUGUGUUUUUUCUAAAGCUUGGAUUUGCUUCCAUAGGAGGCAAGUUCCUUUGUGUGGAGUAGUACAACCUUUGUAUGGGUUAUAGCAUUUGAAAAAGACACUUGUACUUGCACAGUUUAAGUCAUUCUUAAAUCAUUCUUAAACUUUGAACAUGUGAACUGUCUAAAAGAAAUCUCUUAAUUUUCACUCUUUGUGCAUAUAUUGAUUUCUUAAUGGUAAAAUGCCUUGUUUAUGAUAGUGUUCUCUGUUGAGAAUAUUUUCAUGGAAUAAAACAAUCUUUUCAUGUUCAGUUAA